UGCCACAACCUGGACUUCUUGGACCCAGUGGUGGCUUGUCAUGGCCAUGCUUUGGCUACCACCGCCAUGCCCCGGUGGGUAGCGAGGUGCCAGGGCCAGGAUGCUUGGGGUGACUUGGACAUCCUCCACCAGCUUCUCUGUCCCUCCGGGUGGCCGGUGGCAUGUACCGGCGUCUUGCCUCCUCGUUUCUCAGCCGUGGGGUCCCUCACCCCCAGCUCACCCCCCUUUGCCUCCGGUCACGGUCGGGGGGCUGCAGCAGGUGGGAAGAGGAGAAGAAAGAAGAUGGGGUGAAGUGGACGCAGCUGGAGCACCGAGGACCCUACUUUGCCCCCCUCUACGAACCGCUGCCUGAUGAUGUACAGUUCUACUACGAUGGCAAACCCCUGAAGCUGAGCCUGGCCACGGAGGAAAUUGCCACCUUCUAUGCCAAAAUGCUCGAUCAUGAAUACACGACCAAGGAGAUCUUCCAGAACAACUUCUUCAAUGACUGGAGGAAGGAGAUGACCUCGGAGGAGCAGGAGAUAAUCAAGGACCUGGACAAGUGUGACUUCAGGGAGAUCCACAAGUACUUUGUGGAUAAAAGCGAGGCACGGAAAGCACUCCCCAAAGAGGAGAAGCAGAAACUGAAGGAGGAGGCAGAUAAGAUCCAGGAGGAGUAUGGGUACUGCAUCCUUGAUGGGCACCGGGAGAAGAUAGGCAACUUCAAAACAGAACCACCGGGGCUUUUCCGUGGCCGUGGUGACCACCCCAAAAUGGGCAUGCUGAAGAAGAGGGUCAUGCCAGAAGAUGUUAUCAUCAACUGCAGCAAGGACUCCAAAAUCCCAGAGCCUCCAGAAGGGCACAAGUGGAAGGAGGUGCGCUUCGACAACACAGUUACCUGGCUGGCCUCGUGGACAGAAAACAUCCAGAACUGUUUGAAGUACAUCAUGCUGAACCCCAGCUCCAAGCUGAAGGGGGAGAAAGACUGGCAGAAGUAUGAGGUAGCCCGGCGCUUAAAGGGUGUCGUUCACAAAAUCCGUGCUCAGUAUCGAGCCGACUGGAAGUCCAAGGAGAUGAAGAAGCGGCAAAGAGCAGUGGCUCUCUACUUCAUUGAUAAGCUGGCCCUGCGAGCUGGCAAUGAGAAGGAGGAAGGGGAGACUGCUGACACAGUUGGCUGCUGCUCCCUGCGCGUGGAGCACAUCAAACUGCACCCCAAGCUGGAUGGGCAGGAGCACGUGGUGGAGUUUGACUUCCUGGGGAAAGACUCCAUCCGUUACUACAACAAAGUGUCAGUGGAGAAGCUGGUGUUCAAGAACCUGCAGCUGUUCAUGAAGAACAAGGACCCAGGAGAUGACCUCUUUGACAGGCUUAAUACAUCCAUUGUGAACAAAUACCUCCAGAGCCUGAUGGAUGGUUUGAGCGCCAAAGUGUUCAGGACUUACAAUGCCUCCAUCACCCUGCAGGAGCAGCUCAAGGCACUCACUAAUGCUGAGGACAAUGUUGCGGGAAAGCUCCUCUCCUACAACAGAGCUAAUCGAGCCGUGGCCAUCCUGUGCAACCAUCAGAGGUCUACACCAAAGACCUUUGAGAAGUCAAUGCAAAACCUCCAGGCCAAGAUUGAUGCCAAGAAGAAACAGAUUGAGGAAGCCCAGCAAGAGCUGAAAAAAGCUGAAGAGGAGUUUGAAAACACAAAAGAUGCCAAAGCAGAAGCCAACGUGGAGAAGAAGAAGAAGCUGUUGAAGCGGCUGGAAGAGCAGCUGGCCAAGUUGAACAUCCAGGCCACAGAUAAGGAGGAGAACAAGCAGAUUGCUCUGGGCACCUCCAAGCUGAAUUACCUGGACCCCAGGAUUAGCAUAGCUUGGUGCAAGAAGUUCGGGGUGCCCAUCGAGAAGAUCUACAACAAGACACAGAGGGAGAAGUUUGCCUGGGCGAUCGACAUGGCCGACGAGGACUUUGAAUUCUGAGACGGUGCCUUUCAUGUUACCUGGUGCUUGUUUGGUGCUGUUGGAAGGCUUUUGUGGGUUUUUUUUCUUUCCGUGCUGCUGCAGUUGUUGCAGGGAUGGGGGUGUUGUCUAAUGAAAGAGUUUGAUAUGGGUAUUUUGUGCCUUUUUUUUGUACAUGAAGGAAAACGCCUCGUUUCUAUUUAAAACAGGUACUGCUGACUUGUGACACUCAUCCUGACUGCAGUGACUUUGAUGUGAACUUUUAAUUCCUCCUCAGGGUUGCCAAGUGCUUUGGAUCUUUUUCUUUCCUUCUCCGGAGUCUAGGGAGGAAGAUUGAAUGAGAACCAGCCUUAAUUGUGCUGAUAAACAAGAUUAGAUCUAAUCCUAUCUCCUUGAUGUAGUGGAGCUUGUGCUGCCCUUUUCAGGCUCUGUGCAUUGGUUUGAUGGGGAAACACAAGGCAGUGACAGCACCAAAAUGGGGAGCUGCUGGGUAAGAUGUGGGCUUGGGUCAGGGAUGCACUGGGAGGAAGAGGGGGGGGAAAAAAAAACCCCCUCAGGGUUCUACGUGUUCAGGGUAUUUUGUGCCCUUUCGCCUGCAGGAGAGAGGAGGAAAUUGUGCAAUUGCACAAACAAAAAUGGAAAAAGGUUGUGGGAGGGAGCGAACGUCAGUGGAGGGGAGGGGAAGAGGCUGGGUUAAAAUUCACCUUGGCAUGAGCAAAGUGUAUUUUAAGCACAUGGGGCGAUUAAACCUUGGUCCAGGAGAGGACAAUCUCAUUUGGGGCCAUACUUUCUUUCCCCUCCUUGCUUCAGUUGGCUCUGGCUCAGCUCACUGUCUCCAUAGCAGAAACUAAACUGUCCAGCCCCAGAAUUUAGCACUGGGAAAGGAUGAUGUGGGGCUGGAGCAGACUCUGGUGGGAUAUAAGCCUGCUGGGAAGUGGUAUCUUGCUGGAGCUGUGCCUGUGUGGGAUGAGAGCUUGGUCAUCAGGCUGCAUCCUGCCCACUCUGCUCCUGCUGGGCAUAGAGCAGGCAGGGACUGAUAGGAUAAACUGCUGGUGCUUGCUGCUUUUCAGAGGGAAAAUGGAAAAAAAAUUAUAUCAGCACGUAGCUGGCAACAGUUAGCCUUCAUGCCAGUGGAUCUCAGGUGGAAGCAAGCUGUUGUGUUGGCAGGAAAGCCUUCUGGCACCUCAGGGCUGAUGUUCAGGUCAAUGUAGUCCAGAACCUCUCGGUGCUUCCCAUGUGUUGAUUGACAACCACUUGUUCUUGUGUUUCAACUAUUGCUGUUUUGGUUGGAAGUCAGGUACUUGAAAUGCAUUUCAUUAAAACUGGAAGUGAUA